UCCGUCCCCUCUGCUGCCCGCACCACAGCCAGCCCCAGCAAUGCGGUUGCGGCGGCGCUACGCGGAGCUCCUCCGCCGCGCGUCCUCCCUGCCGUCGCUGCCCCUCGUGGCGUCCCUCCACGCCGCCGUGCUCCGCCGCGGCGUGGAGUUCCUCCUCGCCGCGUCCCUCAUCCGCGGCUACUCCGCCUGCGGGGACCUCGCCUCCGCGCGCGCCGUGUUCGACGGAACGCCCCCGCACGAGCGCGCGCUCUCUGCCCGCACCGCGCUGGCCGGCGCGCUCUCGGCGCACGGGCGGUGCGCGGAGGCGCUGGGCCUCUUCUCCGGCCUGGAGGCGGAGGUGGACGACCGGGCGGCGACGGUGCUCCUGGCGGCGUGCGCGCGGGCCGGGAUGGUGGGCGAGGGGCGGCGGUUGUUCGCGAGGGUGCCCCGCCCCGCGCUGCAGCACUACACGUGCAUGGUGGAGAUGCUGGGCCGGGCCGGGGAGGUGGACGAGGCCGAGCGGCUGGUGGCGGGCAUGCAGGCGCGCCCGGACAGGGUCAUCUUCGCGGCGCUGCUCGCCGCGUGCCGCGCGCACGGCCGCGUCGACGUCGCCGAGCGGGUGCCCGGGCUCAUGCGCCGGUACAGCGUCGCAUGAGAACUUCCAGUCUGAGUGAUGUAUCAGCACUCAUGCACUGGUGCGUCGAUUCAAUUUGAGAAGCUUCAUAUGGGAUAUAUGGCAAUGUAGGAGUGUGAUUUGUUACACUGAAUUCAAUAUUCAGUAAUUCAAGCAGCAAAAGCCCUGGCUACUGAAAUCAGAAAAUUGUUGAAGACUGACAGUGGCCGUUAUGGGUGGCAGUGUCAUUGACCUCAGUCUUCAGGCAUUGAUCAACCAUAUGCAGGGAUGCGAGGAAGUCCUAUAGCAGGUGCCCGGAAUAUUUAUGUGUAGAUUUUGUGCCGGUACUCUCAUCCCAGACUGUAAGCUCUCACAUGAACUUGACAACCAGCAGUGCAGCUCAAAGAGAAGAUCACCAGUUAUACCAUGUACGUAACUUCUGGAAAAUGGGCAAUUGGUUGAAGAGUAAACUUUCGCUCAAAUAUUUUGCAAAAAGGAUCUGAUGGAAGACUCCAUGGACCCAGCAAUGUGUGUUACUAUCACGUCCGAGAACUUGUGGUGACUGGUGAGAGAGACCUGUUAGAAAUCAAGGUCUAGAAGUUGCUGAGUUUCCGACAAUUUUUUCUGGUGGGAAAUGUUUACAUUAUUGGAAAUGGAAUGGUCUCUUGUGCUGAUACUGCCACAGCUCGGAAACACACCUCGAGUAACAAUCUCAGCAUCCAAAUUUAUUUGGUGCCAUACUUCCUGAGUUAACAUGAAGAAUGUCAUCAGAUAGGAGCUCUUAAGGUAUGGCUGCGACAGAAUCCAAAGUUGGCCCCAGGAAAUUUCUAAGAUUCUGAUACAGUGAUACUGUUUGUUAACUGAAGACAACUCAACUGGAGGUUGCAAACCUUGAUCACCACAUUAGACAACUCAACUGCACAUAUGCUUGGAGUAGCAAUCUUAUCAGUCGAAACUUUACAAGUGUUCAUGUUGAGUUGCCAUGAAGAUCGGCAUAUGAUUGGUUGGAGCCCUCCAUAUCCUUGAGAUAACUCACACAUGGCUGUAAUAGACUUCUAGAAAGUUGGGCCAUGGUAUCUCAGAGAUCCCAGCGCUGAUCCUUCAGACCGAUGACAAAUCAACCGUGGCCUGGAACAAACUAGCAGGAGAGGCAGAAGAAACGGAUAAACGCAUCAGCACAAGACCCGUUGCUUUCGGUCUCUCACUAGUGCAGGAGUGCCAAGUGUGCAAGGCUCCAACUGAGCUGCCGUGCACAACUCGAAUUAGCGUUGCUUUCAGUCCUUGUGCUUGUGCUAAUCUGCUUAGACAUGUCCCAGAUGUGUGCACUCCUGUAGUCCUGUCCCUUCUUUUUCCUGCUGGGGCUAACAUGGGUCUGGGGAGGAGCAGACAAGAUUGAAGCAGUGUGAACGCUCAAAUAAGCCGUGUUUUUGCUUAGCAUGUAUAGUGAAGAACUGCAAAUUUGGGCCAAA